AUGGCGGUUCGGAAUUCCCUGUCCUCUCCCGUGCGGAUUCCCGGCGUUUCCUUGACGCUGUUCCAAGAUGUGUUUGACGCGUUCGAUGGCGCGCGCCUGGCCCUCGUGGAUGUGGCGCUGCGGGACGGGGACGCGGCCGCCCCGCUGCCGCUCGCUGCCAUCCAAGUGUCCCUCGAUCUCGGCGUCGCCGUCGUCAUCGGUUCUUCCAACUGCGCCGUGGCUGUGGAUCUGAACACGUAUUUCAGACAGUUUCCUAAGCAUUUGCUGUGCAAGGUGGAUCCUGAAAGUCUUCCACUAAAACCCCCCGAAGGACUCGACGAGGACGACCUUGCUAGUUCUGAUUACAGCAUGGAGCUUCUGUCGUCACCUUUUCGGACUGACAGGUCCUGGAAAGCACACUUAUCCUCGCUGAGUGAUGCAAUCAGGAGGAGAAAACCAGACAAUCCAGACUUGGUGUACGGCAGUUUGCCUUGGUACGAGUAUCUGCCCCAUCUGGAAUGUCACGAGUCCCUCCUGUAUGGAAGCUACGAGGCGGCCGUGGCCGCCGCAGCGCAGGGCCCCACGUGGGACCCUUCCAAAGAAGCAGGACACGACGGUGCAAGGAGCUGCGAUGGGAGGCAGCAGUGGGUGCAGAUCCCUGCCGAGGGAUCCCCGGAGCUGGUGAAACUGGAGUGUAAAUCUGUGACUGCCUUUAAAGCGCUGUUUGUGCUCUUAACAAGUGACCAAGAAUUGACUGUUGCUCUCUGGGAUUUAGUGUCACAAGAUGUGACUUACCACCACUUCGGCAAAAACUGUGUUUAUGUGGAUUGUGGAGAAACCCCACUGUGUUUACUUCUGACAGAGCAUGGUCUCUCCUUGGUUCUGUUCGGUUUGACUCAAGAGGAGUUCCUGAACAGGCUGAUGAUCUACGGCAGCGCGGGGGUCGUCGAUGCCGUGUGUCACCUCAACGGCUGGGGACGAUGCUCCAUUCCUAUGCACGCGCUCGAGGCUGGUUUGAAGAACCGUCAGCUGGACACAGUAGACUUGUUUUUAAAAAGCAAAGAAGGUCUUUUCAGUCUUUCUGCAAGCGGCUCUGGAACUGAGCAGACUACUGAAAAUGCAUCUCAGGUAUUCCUGAAAAAUUUGGAAGAGCUAAGGCCAGCCUUGAAUUUGCUUUACUCAGCAGUCAGAGAAAAUGAUUUGGAAACUCAAAGCAAGCACUUCUCUGAGCAGCUGCUAAACCUCACGUUGACCUUCCUUAACAAACAACUUGCAGGAAUUUUUGAGCAUACAGAGGAACCUGAUGAAUACCUGCAGAAGGCUGCACGCAUUUUAUCGGAUUAUAUUAUUGACCUCAGAGCAUUUAUGAAGCUUCCUCGAGUGCAGACGAGUGCCGUGAACGCAGGAAGUGAUCUUGAGGAGGAUGAAGACGUGCUGGUAAUAGAGGAAAGCGAGAAGUGGGAGAAACUAGAAACAGAGGAAAUUAUUGCCGAUGCCAUUUUAAGCAACAGAGUACCUGAGGCCCAGGCCUUCUUUCAUAUUCGUCAGCAUCCUGCUGAAGAUAUUACAGAAUUUAUUCAGACAGGUUUGAAUUUGGUCUAUGACCGUCUCCUGAAGGGCAAUACCGAAGAGGCCUCAAAACUUCUAAGAAACAUGGGAUUUGAUGUGAAGAAAGAAUUGCGAAAGAUAUGUUUCUACACGGUUGAUAAGAAUGUGCGAGAUCUGCUGGUGAAAGUUUUAGAAGAAGAAAAUUAUUUUUCCGAAAAAGAGAAGAGAAUGAUAGAUUUUGUGCAUCAGGUUGAAAACUUUUAUUCGGAAUCCCUCCAAGAAAAUACAGAGAUUCAGACUUUCUCUAGUUUCACGAACUGGAGAAAGGAAGAUUUUUCCAGACAUACAGCUGUUUUAGACUCAUUCCUGAAUUGUGAUAAACCUCAGGUUCACAAUAGAGAAUUCCGGGUGAUGUUUGACUGGGCCCAGUGGUGGGAUGAGCUUAUUCAGGAAAUGAUUCUUCUCCCCAGAAAAACACGCGAAGAAUUGAAGAGCUGUAACCCUGCGGUUCUCUGGAGGCAUCUGACCGCCCGGCAUGACUGGCUUAGUCUGUGUGCAUGGAUCGAAGAAUCUGAGCCCCACCAGGCUUCACGUGGAGCAGAGAACUGGCCCCCGCUGACUCCAGACAUUGUUGACAAAAACAUGUUAUGUAGUGGCUACAUGAGAAAUGAAAUAUUAACCAAACUGGCGAGAAAUGGAAUUUUUGUUCUUUCUGAAUUAGAAGAUUUUGAACUUCUGCUCCAAAGAUUGUCUUACCUUGGGGGAGUAAUGCAGAAUCCUCACCCUGUUCCAAAAUACAACACUGCAAGUGGUUUGGACUUCCAUACGCGUUUUGUCCUUCACUGUUUAGAACGUAAUUUGCAGUAUCUAUUAUACACUUACUUAGACUAUUACAGUUUAACUCCUUCAAACUGUCCUAUUUUGGAUAACAAGGAAUUGCAUGAAGCUCAUCCCUGGUUUGAGUUCCUUGUGCAGUGUCGAGGGGUGGCCAGUAACCCACGAGAUCCAAAGAUGAUUUUUCAGGCUAGUCUGGCAAAUGCUCAGAUAUUGAUUCCUAGUAAUCAAGCCAGUGUGAACAGCAUGUUGCUGGAAGGACGUACCCUGCUAGCGCUUGCAACCACCAUGUAUGCACCCGGGGGUGUUGAUCAGGUUCUUCAGAGCGAAGAUAAGGAAAAAAGUGUGAAGAAAGUUGAUCCACAGCUCUUAAAAAUGGCACUGACUCCUUAUCCCAAGCUCAAAGCUGCUCUCUUUCCCCAGUGUACUUCUCAUGGAAUUUUGCCACCUGACAUCUCUCUCUACCACCUUAUUCAGUCAUUAGUGCCCUUUAAUCCCACUAAAUUGUUUGGCUGGCAGUCAACAAAUACUCUUGCUUCAUCAGAUACAUCAAGUGAUUUUCCUCAUUUUUCUUCCCCUGAAUUGGUGAACAAAUAUGCUAUAAUGGAACGACUGGACUUUUUGUACUAUUUGCACCAUGGACGUCCAUCAUUUGCCUUUGGUACAUUUUUGGUCCAGCAAUUAGUAAAGAGCAAAUCCCCCAAACAGUUGAUCCAGCAAGCAGGAAAGGAGGCCUAUGGCUUAGCCAUCUCUUUCUUUCAUAUACCUUCAAUAGGAGCAGCCUGUGUUUGUUUUCUAGAAUUGCUUGGUCUCGACAGCCUCAAACUCAGAGUUGAUCUUAAAGUUGCAAACCUAAUUUUCAGUUAUAAAACUAAAAAUGAGGAAUCUCAGCACAAUACAAUAAGAGAAUCUUUUGUUGAAAAGUUAACAAAAUUGGCUGAUGCUGAAAAAGCAACAGCAGCAGCAGCAGAAAUUCUUACCUGUUUAGAAGAAGCCUUUUGGGAUACAGUUGAGCAUCAAGGAGUAAAUAAGCUGUCUAAUGACUCUAGAAGGCAGUGGUCUUUGGUGAUGCAGUUCUGUAAGCUCCAUAAUACCCGGCUGAGCACAUCGUACCUAAAGGAAUGUGCUAAAUGCAACGACUGGCUGCAGUUCAUCAUCCAAACCCAGCUGUACAGCUACCAGCCAGAUGAGGUGAUUUCUCUGCUUCAAGACUUCACUCCAGUUUUACGAGAUCACUUGACGUUGGCGUGGGAGAAGCUCCCGGUUUCGUGCCCUGCCAGGGGCAGCUCCCUGAGCGGUGCCAGGGAGCUGGGGAGCAGCAGCGGGGAGAGCCUGUUCCAAAUCCUCCUGCAGUGUCAGGGGAACCCCAACCCUUCUCGUUUCCUUUUGACUGAAGGAAUGAGGCAGCAUUCUCCCUUUCUGAGUGUAUUAGCAGCAUGUUUUCAAGAUGCCAACGUUAUCCAUUGCCUCUGUGUUUGGGUAAUUACUACUGUGGAUAAUGUUACCAGAGCUGAAGCAACAAACCAUAUUCAAAGCUCAGUAGAAAAUCAUGAAUGGGAUCUUAAUGACCUGUCAAUUAUCUGGAAGGUGCUUUUAAGAAAGGAAAAAAGUAAAACACUUAUAAAUGGCUUUCAGCUCUUUUUAAAGGAUUCCCCUUUACUCUCUAUCUUGGACAUGUAUGAGCUAUGUAUGAACUUCAAAAAAUACGCUGAAGCGAAAACAAAACUGGACAUGUUUCAGACAAGUCUCAUGGAACUUAAAACCACAGAUGAACUAACACCUCCCGAGUUACCUGUGCGAUGGCUGGAGUCGCAGGCGUCGUUUCUCCUUGAAUUGAUGGUGCAGCAGUGUAGAACCGACUAUGAAUUAGGAAAAAUCUUACAGCUGUUUGCUGCAGCAAAUGAUCUUCUACUUGAUGGCCCUUAUGUGAAGAAACUGUGUGCGCUCAGCGAGGCCCUGCAGGAUUCACCCAUCUCGAUCAAUCGCUCCAUCCUGACGGGUUACAGCGCAGAGACCUUUCAGAAUGAGUGCAGAUCAAUCCUGGAGCAGCUGCAGGACAAGGGAAUGUUCUCCCUGGCUCGGAAGGUCGCAGAACUAGCUGAGCUGCCUGUGGACAAUGUGGUGACCCGGGAGGUUCUAAGAGAUCUACACCUGUUAAGAAACACUGGACAGUGGCAGCAAAACCACACAAGAGUUGAAUUCUGGAAAAAAUGCAAUGACAACUUCGUGAAAAAUUCCAUCUCCAGCAAAGCUGCAUCUGAUUUCUUUCUAAAUCAGGCAAAUACAGUGGCUGAAUCUUCAGCUCAUGAGAAGAUAAACACAGUUAUGGAGAAGCAUCUGUUGCUUACCCUCGCCGGCCAUUGGCUUGCCAAGAGUGACCCGGUGUCACUGGAUGAAUUAGAAGCAAUAGAGAAACAGAUCUGGAUUUGUCGCAUCGCACAGCAAACCUUAUCCACCUACGAAGGGUCCGGCCAAUCCAGAUUUUCCUGCCAGGUUUUAGUGAAUGGGGACCUUACCUUUGAUAACUUAGCGAAGGAGUUUUCUUUCUCAAAGCUGCCUGCCCUGAACACUCCCAAAUACUUGAAGCUGGAGGGCUUGUUGUUCAGCGAAGCUGGGCAGCCGCUGGCUCCAUCGAGCCUAGAAGACUGGACACACAUUGAGGCCCACUGCGCGGCCGAUCCCGUCGUCGUGAGCCUGAAGGCUCUCACGGAUCAGUGUGUGCACGGCAGGAGCUACUGCAGGCAGGUGCUCUGCCUCUACGAGCUGGCCAAGGAACUGAACUGCUCCUACAGCGACGUGUCGGCGCGGGAGCCCGAGCAGGUGCUGGGGGCCAUCCUGUCCUCGCAGCAGCCGGAGCGGUGCCGCAAGGCGCAGGCGUUCGUGAGCGCGCAGGGGCUGCGGCCCGGCGCCGUGGCCGCGCUCGUGGCCGAGGAGAUCGUGCGGGAGCUGCUGGCGUCUGCACAGGGGAGAGUAAUCGAGCGAGUGGCUGUUCCGCAGCAGCAGCAGCGACGUGCCCUGCGGAACGGGCCCGGGCUGGGUUGUUGCGCCUCCUUCACGGGGUUCAGCUGCCUGACCCAGCAGAAGGAGUUUGCUGAGCUGGUGACUCAGGGCUCUCUCUCUGCACCCACAGGACAAAAACAGGCCUUGAACCCUGCAGCAGAGAGCCAGGCCUUCCUGCAGCUGGCUAAGCUGUGCAAGGAUCACACACUGGUUGGCAUGAAAUUGCUGGAUAAAAUAUCUUCCGUGCCACGUGGGGAACUAUCGUGCAUUACAGAAUUGCUGAUUUUGGCCCAUAACUGCUUCAGCCUGACUUGCCACAUGGAGGGCAUCACGAGAGUCCUGCAGGCCGCGCGGCUCCUCACGGACCAGCAUCUGGCGCCCAAGGAGGAGUACGGGCUCGUGAGCGGGACCCUGAAGACGGCUCUGCUGGACUACAUCAAGCGCUGCCGCCCGGGCGACAGCGAGAAGCACAACAUGAUAGCCCUGUGCUUCAGCAUGUGCCGAGAAAUAGGGGAGAACCACGAGGCUGCUGCUCGCACUCAGCUUAAACUCAUCGAGUCCCAGCCGUGGGAGGAGUCUCUUCAAGACGUAGCAAAUUUAAAGAAGCUGCUGAUGAAAGCUCUGACUCUCUUUAUUGAUGCAGCAGAAAGUUAUUCUAAGGACUCCUGCGUGCGGCAGGCCUUGCGCUGCCGGCGGCUCACGAGGCUGAUAACCCUCCAGCUGCACUUCCUGAACAGCAGCCAGAGCACCAGGGUCAUCAACCUGGGCCGGCCGGCUGCUAUUGUGGCUGAGGCUUAUGACUUUGUUCCAGAUUGGGCCGAAGUUCUGUAUCAACAAGUGAUCACUAAGGGAGACUUCAAUUACUUAGAAGAAUUUAAACAGCAGCGACUGCUCAAGCCUGGCAUAUUUGAGGAGAUUGCUAAGAAGUAAGUAGUUCUUUA